AUGAAACGAAACGGAAGUAAGACGGAGGAUCAAAUGACGGCCUACAAAGAAGAGAUUGAAAGAAACGUGAAGAGGAUGAAAGAGUUGGACGCUACGAUCGCGAAGAAGAUUCGAGAGGCGGCCGGUCUCGAAGACGAGAUCGCCGUCCUCAAAGAAGGGAAGGAACGUGACGGACGGAAAAUAAAAGGUUUCGGGGUGCAGCUCGCUAACAAGGGACGCGAGGCGACCGCCCUCAAAGACGAGAUAGCCGCAUUGCAAACGGACCUCUCGAGAGCGCGCGAAGAAUGCGCGGACGACCGGAGUUCCGAGCUUUCCGUCCUUCUAGAAAAGACGAAAGACGAACUGCGACGGACGUCCCGCGAUCUGGCGGCCGCCAAGGAAGCCGAGAUCAGGCUGAAGGCGAACCACAAAAACAUCGAGGAGAUCCCGCAGUGGAAGCAAAGGGUCGAAGAAUUGAAGAAGGCACGAGACGAAUCUCACGAAUCCCACGUCAAGGAACUCGGAUCGCUUCGAGACGAUCUCGAGAGGGAGAAAUCGGACGCUGAAACGAAACUUGCAACGGCGAAGGCGAGCCACUCGGACGAGAUUGAAAAUCUUCGAACGCAGAUAUCUUUUCUCAAAGAAAAGGAAUCGAAACUGAGAAGAGACACAGGUAAGUUGCAUGCGGCCCUAAAGGAACGGGAAGAAAAGCAUCUCGAUCGGAUAGCUAAACUGGAAUCCGAUAAGAAUUCGCGAUCGGCCGAAGCGGAAGAGGCUCUUGACGAGUGCGCGUCCCUCUCGGAGAAACUGAAGCUCGCGACCGAUUCCGAACGUCGGUCGAAGGAGGACAUUGAUAGGUGGCAAGCCGAGAAGAGGUCGUGGCAAGCGACGGCCGAACGACGUUCGGCAGAUCUCGACAAGCUUCGCGACCUGCUGAAUACAUCCGAGAGAGAACGCGCAAAUCUUGAGUCCCAACUUUCGAACGUUGACAAGAAUGUUACGGAUUCGAAAGAAACGGAUUCGUUGAAGCGGGAGCUGGAAAGACAUCGACAGGAGAUCCGACAACUCGAACGACUUCUGAGCGACGAAAAGAGGGAGAAGUUGGGUGAAUCCAACGAUAGAAUGAUUUCGGAACUAAGUAAAGAACUCAAAACGGUCAUCGACGCGCGCGAUAGACUGGUGAAAAAGAACACCGAAAUGGAAAAGAGGCUAUCGGAAUCGGACAAAAGUCUGUCGAAUUUGUACGACGAAUCGAUGAAAAAGGUUGUCCACCUCGAAGAAUCGGUGUUUUCGAAGAACAAGAAAGCGGACUAA